UCGAGUUAAAACCAAUCCAGACCAGUUCAAAUAAACAUCGAGGGCAUCAAAUCCGUUAUCAUCGCGUUUGAAGACAACAUUUAACUCUGCUCUCGCUUACAGCAAGCUGCAUAUAACUUGUAAGUCAUCAGAGAACAUACGUACAUCUCCCUGGUACGUACCAAGAUGGGAAAAUGGCCCGUGAUUGUGGCAGCGAUUUUGCUAGCUGUAAGCACGACUGUUACAGGGAAGCCGUUCUCCUUACUCGAAGAUGUGCUUCGCUUACCUGAAAGGGAAAAUGCAAUGUCGGACAUAUUCGCCGCAAAUGAGGGAGCUAUGGAAAGGCUGAAUCUGGUAGAAGGAGACAUACGGAUGCCGGAGGAUGAGGGACCCCACCGCCUUCACAAGAGGAACGCGGUGCCGUAUAAAGACAACACAUGGACCAACAAAGUCGUCCCGAUCUCUGUCAGCCCCGAUCUGCCUCCUGCAGCACAUAUUGCUGUUCAAGAGGCGAUUGACGAGUACCACAAGAAAACCUGCAUCCGGUUCAAACAGCGCACCAACGAGCAGGAGUACAUACAGGUGUUCAAGGGCGAGGGGUGCUGGUCGUAUAUCGGACGUGUCGGAAGCCAGCCGAACAGAAUUUCCCUGGAUAGCGGCUGUGAGACGAAGGGAAUCGCCGUUCACGAGUUUAUGCACGCGUUGGGGUUCUGGCACGAGCAGAGCCGGUACGACAGGGAUAACUUCGUCACCAUAUACUUGGACAACGUCAAGCCUGGAAGAAAUGGAGAAAAAGACUAUUAUUACGGGAACUUUGACAGACUCACCAGAAUCAACAGCCAGACACUGGACACGACGUACGACUACCACUCCGUCAUGCACUAUCCUACCGACGCCUUCGGCAAGAGCGGGAAAAUCACUAUCGAACCCAGACUGGGGGAGGCCAACUUCAAGUGGUUAGGACAGCGAAACGGGCUGAGUGACAUCGACACUCUGAAAAUCAACAGGCUGUAUGAAUGUGACAUGGUAGUGUGUACAGACCAGCCUGACGUCUUUGCCUGCCAGCAGAAAUGUGUGAAACUGAAGGACGGCUUCACCUGCGGCUGUCACCGGGGGUUCUCUCUGGAUAGCGAUGGGUAUCACUGUUCAGAUAUUAACGAGUGCGCUAAGGAAAAUUUCGGCUGUUCGCAUCGCUGUGUCAACCUGAUCGGAGGGGCCUACUGCGCAUGCCCGAAAGGCCAUCAUCUUCGCGAUGACGGGAAGACUUGCACAGAAACUAACGAAUGUGCGCAGGGGAAUGGCGGCUGUGAGCACCUGUGUACGGACACCCCGGGAGCGUUUGAGUGUUCCUGUUACGACGGCUUCAAACUCAGACGGGACGGCUACACAUGUAAAGACGUGGACGAAUGCGCGUCACGUGACCACGGCUGCCAACAGGAGUGCGCCAAUUACGUGGGCGGAUAUCACUGCGCAUGUCAGGAGGGGUACGUGCUUCAGCGGGACGGGACGACUUGUGAAGAGAUCCACUGUUACGGACUGGCGGCCCCAGGGGGAGGGUCAGUCGACCCGGCCGAGAACUGUUCCACCAACGGCGCACGCGCAGGACAGCGGUGCACGUUCUCCUGUGACCCUGGGUACGAGCUCGUCGGCAGCGAGAAUCGAACGUGUCUGAUCAACGGAUCCUGGGAAGGAGAGCAUGCUGACUGCAGGGCUAAGCUGUGUGACGUACUGACCCCGCCUAGUAACGGAUCGCUGUCGCCGCCGUCGUGUGCGGACCCUGGCGCGCUGCGGGUCGGGAAGGAGUGCGUGUACGUGUGCGGACCGGGACUGGUGCUCAACGGGACCGCACACAGGGUAACCUGCACCCCGGGACACAACGGGACCAUGGGCUGGGGCACCCCGGGACCAAAUGGGACCAUGGUCUGGGAUAAUCUAGACACACCCACAUGCAUUCCAGACCGGUUAACCUGCACCCCGGGACACAACGGUCCCAUGGUCUGGGGCACCCCGGGACCAAAUGGGACCAUGGGCUGGGACAAUCUAGGAGCGCCCGCAUGCAUUCCAGAUGAAGACCCUUGGAUGCAGUGUCCCCACAGACUUCACGUGUCCACCAGCCCCGGGAGAGACUACGCCACUGCGAACCUCACAGCACCCCUCACCAACUUACAACAGAUCUUUGUUGAUGGGAAUUUGACGCUGGGACCGAACAACUUCAGUGUGGGGGAGACUCCAGUGCUGUUUUACGGCUACUCGGCUGGUGUGGAGAGGAUAGAGUGUGAGACAGCUGUGGUGGUUACAGACGACGAGCACCCUGAGUUUGUGAGUUGUCCGGAGUCUUUCGAGGUGAACAGCUCCCGACAGUUCCCACACGUGCACUGGGAGAAACCAGAGGUCCGGGACAACGUCGGGAUAGCAGCUGUAAGGCGAAGCAGGUUCCCUAAAGGCCGCAUGACGUGGGGCCAGUACAGUGUCCGGUACACGGCUCGGGACCAGGCGGGCAACCAUGCAGUCUGCAGGUUCAACAUUCACGUCAAAAAACCUGCCUGCCCGCCUCUGCCCUCCCCUGACCACGGCAGCCUCACGUGCGACUGGUGGAGGCUGGGGCAGUUCUGUGACCUGACCUGCAGUGAUGGGUACACUCCACAGGGGGCGCUCUUCCGCUAUGUCUGUGGUACACAGGGCACGUGGAUGCCCAGGACACCACUACCCACUUGUCUGCCCAUUUAGUUCUUCUGUAUCUGUAUAGCCGGUAUAACUGCCCUUCGGCGUAGCACACCAGCUUCUGUAUCUGUAUAGCCGGUAUAACUGCCUUUUGGCGUAACACACCAGCUGCCUUCUUGAUAAGUCAUGAGAACUGCUAGGUUCAUGUAGACUCUUGUUGAUAAAAUCCUUCUGGAGAGUGAAAAAUGAACAACUGCAACUCCAGUGAACAACUAGCCUCUAUCAGGCCUCGGCAAGUGGCUGGAAAGAAAGUUUGAGGGCAAAGUGUUCUCUUAGCA